AUGGCGACGGCUCAACCCACCGGCGCACUUCCCAAAGAGCAGUAUACAGUAGGCUGGAUCUGUGCGCUGCCUACCGAGCUGACUGCUGCCCGCUUUUUCUUGGAUGACCUACACGCGGAACGGCUAGAGCAACAAGACACACGCGACGACAACGCCCAUGUCCUCGGCAGUAUCAAAGGGCACAAUGUUGCGAUUGCGACGCUACCCUACGGCAUCUAUGGGACUAGUUCUGCAGCGUCUGUCGCACGCGAUAUGCUCCGUACCUUCAAGAAUAUUCGCAUCGGGCUGAUGGUUGGCAUCGGCGGAGGCGCGCCUACUCCAACGAAUAACGUUCAACUAGGCGAUGUAGUCGUCAGUGUCCCUCAGAACGGAAAUGUAGGCAUCUUCCAAUAUCAGCAUGGGAAAAACAUCCAAGACCGUAGCUUCCAGUACACGGGACAUCUCAAUAAACCAACCGCUCUUUUGUUAGGAGCGGUUGCUAGCUUAAAGUCUAAAUUCACUAUUAAUGGUAAUAGAAUCGCUGAAUCUGUGGAUGCGCUUGUCACGAAAUAUCCCAGACUGCAGUCAGAAUUUGGACGACCUCAUCCGACCAGUGAUCGACUCUACAACUCUGAUUUCAUUCAUUUAGACGACGAAAAUGGCUUGCACCGCAGCUGUGAUGCAGUUUGCGGUUUCGGCUCCGCGAGAAUUGUCGAUCGGACUGGCUGGCCAAAGCGAUACGACAAGUCUGUGGUGUUUCAUGGUGUUAUCGCUUCUGCCGACAUUCUCAUGAAGAAUGCCAAGGAGCGAGACACACUUUCUCAUGAGACUGGCGUGCUUUGCUUCGAGAUGGAGGCAUCCGGCUUGAUGGACAGAUUUCCCUGUCUAGUUGUGCGCGGAAUUUGCGAUUAUUCUGACACCCAUAAGAAUGACCAGUGGCAAGGAUACGCAGCAAUGUGUGCAGCAGCGUAUACGAAAGAAUUGCUUGCUAUGGUAGCCCCUAGCAAAGUCGAUACUGAGCAGAAACUGGAAACUCGUCUUGAUUCAAGUUAG